UCUCCAUCUGUCCUCGUCUCUGUGCAUCUGUCCCUCUGUCUAUGCAGCUGUGCAGCAGCAUGCCUGUAUGUUUGCCACCAACACAAGAAGAAGCAUUAUGGAAGUGAAAGAGCGACGCCCGUACUGCUCACUCACCAAGAGCCGCAAGGACAAGGAAGGACCGUACACUGGUUCAUCAGGGGACAGCGAAGAUUGCGUCAUUGGCUCUCACGGACUCCGCGUCCCCACGCAGAAGUCCUACUCGUCCAGUGAAACACUCAAGGCCUUCGAUCAGCACCAAGACCAGACCAGGUUAUUGUACGGGACGACCAAGGGACACAAGGACAUGGUUCACCGUGAACAGGAGGAUUACAACAGACAAGGUGAGAGUCCAAACCCCGGUGAAUAG